AUGGAGUUACUCUAUUUUUGAAAUUUGUUUUAGAGAAAUAGGUUGAAAAUGCAACGUUUCGCUCUCUUCUCUCUCAUACGAUUGAGAAGGAGAUUCAACGGAGUCAAAGAGAUGAAUAGAUUCUCUGAUCAAUUUCCAAUUGAUCUUCCAACGUUGUUCUCAUCUCUGUCUAUAUGGGUCUUCUUUUGCGUGACCCAAUUUCUACUCCGGAGAAGAAACGGAAAUUAUAAUUCAGAUUUGCAAGUGAUAUCGGUUUGUAUAAAUUGUCGGGUCUCUCCCAUCGAGAGUGGUUUCAGGGAUGGAGGAGGAAGUUCUACCAACACCGUUGGCACCACGGCGGAUUACGGUAACGAUUGUCUGUUCCUGCGUAGUCUUCCAUUUCAAUGGAAGUGGUCUUGGAUGUUUUUGUCCAAUCAAAGUCUUCUACAAGCUUUUUGGUUUUCUCGCCCAUUUUUCAGUAUAAGAUGGGUUUUCGAUCCGGGUAUUGAUAUGGAAGAUCUUAAAUCUCGGAUGAGUAUUGGCCAAACACUGGAAUUAUGGGCAGAUCGUUUCAUGGAGAUGAAGGAUUAUGAAAUACAUAUCAUAACAAAUAAGGCAUUUGAUCGGAGUAUCCAUGAUCUCACACUUGAGGGUUACAGGCAAGUCACGGCCAAAGUCCUUCCAUGGACACCACAUAACAAGUGUCAUGAAGAGAUCGCGAUUAUGGUUGUUAGAUUUUGGAAUCCUAAAGUUUGGGUUGUUGGUGGAAAAAUAGAUGAUCCAAAGGAAUUCAAAGAAGAAUUAAAGGAAAUCGAAGUCUCAUUCUUGGAGAAGAAACUUGAAGAACUCGAGUCUCUACUUGAAGUAGUCACUUCUAACUAUGAUGAUCCCAAUAUUAGAAAAUUACAACUCGGAAUUAUAUUCGCCACGACCCUUUUAACGGCUGAGACAUCGUCCCGACGUAUGGAUGUGAAAGGAGAAGAAGAUGUUGAAGAAUUGUUUAAACUACGUUGCAUGGCAAAUAGGUUAUCCGAAAUGGAGGCUUUUCUCACCAAACAAUUGCCCGGUCAUGGUAAUGGUCCAUUGAUCAAACCGGUGGAUAUCAACGGUGAAACUGGUGCGGUUUACUCGUUGGUCGAAUCUUGUCUAAACGAGUCUGAAGAAGCAGAAGAGGAGGAAGAGGAGGAGGAGGAAGACCUAGAGGCUGAGCAGCGACCAUUGUUCCAAGUUGCCACAUCGGAAGAGGUUACGUUUCCGGCGGUGGCUACGGUUAAGGAAGAGGUGGUGGUUAGAGAAGUGAAAGAGAAGGGGUGUGUUGGUUUUAGGGCUUUGGUUUGUAUCGGUUUAAUUGGUUUAUUUGGGUGUGUGAUGAGUUUAGUUGGUUAUAUUGGUGAUUGCAUGGAGGAGGAUAAAUUUUUCCUUACCCCUACUUAAAUGACUGACUAUUUGUUUCGUUUUCACUCUACUUGAAGUUGUAUUCUUUUCAUCUAUUUUUGGUUAAUCAAACUUGUAUUCUUUUCCAGUAAAAGAUAUAGAUUUUU